UUUAGAGCACUAGUCUUUACCAGAAGUGUUUUCCUUCUCUUUAAUUCCACCUUAACACAGGGGACCAGCCUACAUUUUAGCCCCUCCUACCACUGGAUAACUUUCUUGAAGUCCGAGCUGAACCGGGAUCCUGGCUGAAAGCUAGAGGCUGCGUGAAAGCCCGAGCCGAGGAGUCUCACUACUCUGGGAACUACUUUAAAGAAGCCAGACUCCUAAGAAGACCUUUGAAGUGUGAAAAUCUCUGCCUUUGGAAUCGCAAUGUCAUUCAUAGAUCCUUAUCAGCACAUUAUAGUGGAACACCAGUAUUCCCAUAAGUUCACAGUAGUGGUGCUACGUGCUACUAAAGUAACGAAGGGGACCUUCGGUGACAUGCUGGACACUCCAGAUCCCUAUGUGGAGCUUUUCAUCUCCACAACCCCAGACAGCAGGAAGAGAACAAGACAUUUCAAUAAUGACAUCAACCCCGUGUGGAAUGAGACUUUUGAAUUCAUUUUGGAUCCUAAUCAGGAAAAUGUUUUGGAGAUCACAUUAAUGGACGCCAAUUACGUCAUGGAUGAAACUCUAGGGACAGCAACAUUUCCUGUAUCAUCGAUGAAAGUGGGAGAGAAGAAAGAGGUUCCUUUUAUUUUCAACCAAGUUACUGAGUUGAUUCUGGAACUAUCGCUUGAAGUUUGCUCAUGCCCAGACCUACGGUUCAGCAUGGCGUUGUGUGAUCAGGAGAAAACUUUCAGACAGCAGAGGAAGGAGAACAUAAAAGAGAGUAUGAAGAGACUCCUGGGUCCAAAAAAGAGUGAAGGACUGUGUUCUACACGUGAUGUGCCUGUGGUGGCCAUCUUGGGCUCAGGUGGAGGUUUCCGGGCCAUGGUGGGCUUCUCUGGUGUGAUGAAGGCUCUGUAUGAAUCGGGAAUCUUGGAUUGUGCUACCUAUGUUGCUGGUCUUUCUGGCUCCACGUGGUACAUGUCAACUUUGUACUCUCACCCUGAUUUUCCAGAGAAAGGGCCAGAGGAGAUUAAUGAAGAGUUGAUGAGGAAUGUUAGCCACAACCCCCUCUUACUUCUCACACCACAAAAAAUUAAAAGAUAUGUUGAGUCUUUGUGGAAGAAGAAAAGCUCUGGCCAGCCUGUCACUUUUACUGACAUCUUUGGGAUGCUAAUAGGAGAAACACUAAUUCAAAAUAGAAUGAACACUACCCUGAGUAGUCUGAAGGAGAAAGUCAGCGCAGCGACGUGCCCUUUGCCUCUUUUCACCUGUCUCCACGUCAAACCCGAUGUGUCAGAGCUGAUGUUUGCUGAUUGGGUUGAGUUUAGUCCAUAUGAGAUUGGCAUGGCUAAAUAUGGUACUUUUAUGGCUCCAGACUUAUUUGGAAGCAAAUUUUUUAUGGGCACAGUUGUGAAAAAGUAUGAAGAAAACCCCUUACAUUUCUUAAUGGGUGUCUGGGGCAGUGCCUUUUCUAUCUUGUUCAAUAGAGUGCUGGGAGUUUCUGGCUCACAAAAUAAAGGCUCCACAAUGGAGGAAGAAUUAGAAAAUCUUACAGCAAAGCAUAUUGUGAGUAAUGACAGCUCGGACAGUGACGAUGAAUCACAGGGACCCAAAGGUACUGAAAAUGAAGAUGCAGCAAGAGAGUGUCAAAACGACAACCAGGCCAGCUGGGUCCACCGCAUGCUGAUGGCUCUGGUGAGCGAUUCUGCUUUAUUCAAUACCAGAGAAGGACGCGCUGGGAAGGUGCACAACUUCAUGUUGGGCUUAAAUCUGAACACAUCGUAUCCACUCUCUCCUCUGAGAGACUUUAGCGCACAGGACUCCUUUGAUGACGAUGAGUUGGAUGCCGCAGUAGCAGAUCCUGAUGAAUUCGAGCGGAUAUAUGAACCACUGGAUGUUAAAAGUAAAAAGAUUCAUGUAGUAGACAGUGGGCUCACAUUUAACCUGCCAUAUCCCUUGAUUCUGCGACCUCAGAGAGGGGUUGAUCUCAUCAUCUCCUUUGACUUUUCUGCAAGGCCGAGUGAUACUAGCCCUCCAUUCAAGGAACUCCUGCUUGCAGAAAAGUGGGCUAAAAUGAACAAGCUUCCCUUUCCAAAGAUUGAUCCUUACGUGUUCGAUCGGGAAGGAUUGAAGGAGUGCUAUGUCUUUAAACCCAAGAAUCCUGAUGUGGAGAAAGAUUGCCCGACUAUCAUUCACUUUGUUCUGGCCAACAUCAACUUCAGAAAGUACAAGGCCCCAGGUGUCCCAAGAGAAACUGAAGAAGAGAAGGAAGUGGCUGACUUUGACAUUUUCGAUGACCCCGAAUCACCGUUUUCAACCUUCAACUUUCAGUAUCCAAAUCAAGCAUUCAAAAGGCUGCACGAUCUGAUGCACUUCAACACCCUGAACAACAUAGACGUGAUAAAGGAUGCCAUGGUUGAAAGCAUUGAAUACAGAAGACAAAAUCCGUCUCGUUGCUCUGUUUCCCUCAGUAAUGUUGAGGCAAGAAGAUUUUUCAACAAGGAGUUUCUAAGUAAACCCACAGUAUAAUCUAUGAGCUAGAAAGAGGAGGUCAUUUGAAAUUCCAUGGAACUGGACUCAAAAGCACAUUACAGAUAGUUUACUGAACAUAAGGACUGGCUCAUACUCAGCUGUAGUUAUUUACCUAAAUGACAACAAUAGUGUUACAAAUGUGGUAGGAGGGAGAUAAUGUCAAUUAUGUAACAAUACACUUAACAGGUGUCUGUCGGUAUGAAUUUCCUGAUACAAAUAUAGGGACUUAUAUAGUAUUUUAAACAUUCCUCACCAACCUUGUUUGUGUGUGCCCUUUUAAAAAUGUGGUUUUCUAUCGAAAAUAUUUAAUAGUUCAAUCUUAGUAAAGUUUUUCAUCUUAUGUGAAUGUUAGUCACUGACUAGAUUUAUUCAUGCCAUUA